ACUGCUGCAAGUGAGGAGAGGACCUCUGGUCACGAAUUCCUUGUCGGACAUGUUUACAGGGGUGUGGAGACAUUGGGAAAGGAACUUUUUAUGUAUUUUGAUCAGAAAGCUUUGAGGAUUCACUUCGGUAUGAAUGGUUACAUGCACAUUAAUCCUGAUGGAAGCAAAGACAGAAAUGGAGCACUACCGGUUUUGGAGAUACAGCUUACAGAGGAUACUGUGUGUUUUUUUGAGGUGACAGUAGAGUAUAGAAAUGCAGCUGAGUGUGAGCGGAAAGUGAGAAUGAUGGAAAGUUUGGAUGUCUGUUCUCCAAAGUUUAGCUUCUUAAGAGCAGAAAGUGAGAUUAAGCAGCAGAAAACCCGCAUGUUGUGUGAUGUGUUACUGGAUCAAGCAGUAUUACCUGGAGUGGGAAAUAUCAUAAAAAAUGAAGCACUGUUUGACAGUGGUCUCCAUCCAGCUGUUAAGGUUUGCCAACUGACAGAUGAACAUAUACGUCACUUGGUGAAAAUGACACGUGAUUUUACCCUGCUUUUUUAUAAGUGCCGCAAAACUGGGUCUCCACUCUGCAAACACUACAAAGUAUACAAGCGCCCAGCCUGCGGUCAGUGCAAUGGGAAGAUCACUGUGUGUCGUUUAGGAGAGAAUAACAGGAUGACUUACUUCUGCUCCCGAUGUCAAAAGGCGGAUCUGCAGCUUGUCAGUGUUAGCAAGCUGCCAACUAGAAAUAGCGUAAUUGGCUGGGCGUAUGGCAGGGGAUCAUGUCCUGAUGAACACGUAGCUCGGAAAUCUGAAGAGGAGUGGACGUGUAUGCACUGUACCCUAAUAAACAAGCCUUCUGCUGAAAUUUGUGAUGCCUGUUUGACUUCAAGGCCUGAAGUUCCAAAGACAGAGAAUGUUGAAGAUUCUGCAGCCUUUAACAUAAAUUUAAUGAAGUACCCUUGUAAUGAUUUCAGAAAACCAAGUACAGAAAUAAAGAUCAAUAGAAGAGCUGCGUUUGGAACUACAACUCUUGUCUUAACAGAUCUUGGUAACAAAGCUGUUUUGAGAAAUGAUACCCAAAUAUCUGAUGGACACUCCCAGUGUGUUGCUCCAAAAAAUGAUUGUAAUCAAAUCCAAAACAAUGUCUGCCAGUCAGGGAGAAGCACAGACAAGGAUUGCUCAACACACGUAACUACUAUGGCUUUGUCUCCCUGUCAGCAACCUCUCUCUUUCAAACAUGUACCAAAGAAACAGAAAACUGAUCAUGUACCCUCAGUUCAUCAAUUUAAUGUAGCAAUCAGCAAGCCUCAAGCUAAUGCGACAGAUGAUACUCGUAUUUUAAGCACGGGCCAUCCUCACUGCAGUGAACACAGCCGUCUCUGCAGCCUCAGAGUUGUGAGAAAGGAUGGAGAAAACAAGGGCAGGCAGUUUUAUACCUGUCCUCUACCCAGAGAAACUCAGUGUGGCUACUUCCAAUGGGCUGACCUGAAUUUUCCAUUUUGUAACCAUGGCAAACGAUGUGUUAUGAAGACUGUGUUGAAGAUUGGUCCCAAUAAUGGAAAGAACUUUUUUGUGUGCCCUCUUGGGAAGGAAAAACAGUGUGGCUUUUUUCAAUGGGCAGAAAAUGGGCCAGGUAUGCAGGUUAUUCCUUGA